GCUUCAUCUGGGGUAUUCACCAUGUCAAGUCCACUUCCUGAUUGAGUUAGUGAAUUUAAGGCACGUGCUGUCCGUCCACUUCCAGUCUUCUUGGAGGAAGUUGACACACCAGCACAAACAGUGUGGCUUUGUCAACAGCUGUUUCAGCUAUCAUGACCCCGUGGUGUUGGCUGGUGUUGGUUGCCUUCAGUCAUGUGACCUCGAGCACAAAUCCUGGUGUAAAAGUCAAGCUGACAGAUAAUGGCAUAGAAUAUGGCAGGCAACUUGGGAUGGCUUCAAUCCAGAAGAAACUUAACAGCAUAAGAAUCCCAAACAUGUCUGGAUCACAGAGAGUGUCUGUCAUUGGCAAGGUCAAGUACAGCUUGACAAAUAUGCAAACAGUGGCUGUUGGAUUACCUUCCUCUGCUGUGGAUCUUGUACCUGGUACCGGCGUCAGAGUGUCCAUUAGUAACGGAUACAUCAGUAUGAAGGGAAAUUGGAGGGUCAAGUAUCGCAGAUUACUGAGGGACAGUGGUUCGUUUGAUUUGAGUGUGAAAGAACUAUCCGUCAGCACUGACAUUGCCGUCGGAAGUGAUCAGACAGGCAGACCUCAGGUCAGUAAUGUCAACUGUGCGGCUACUGUUGGCAGUGUGAGCAUCAAAUUCCACGGUGGAGCCAGCUGGCUGUACAAUCUUUUCAGAAAUUUCAUCAGUAAGGCACUGCGCAAUACGCUUCAGAAAAAGAUCUGUCCCCUGGUAUCUGACGCUGUGUCUGAUUUGAACCCUCGUUUGAAAACACUCAAUGUCUUAGCUCAAGUGGACAAGUACGCAGAGAUUGAAUAUUCAAUGGUCACUCCACCUGCAAUCUCAAAGUCAUCCAUAGGUUUGAGUUUGAAGGGGGAAUUCUACAACAUCGGGAAGCAUCGGGAAACUCCGUUCCCUGCUGCAUUUUUUUCUCUGCCACCUCAGAACAACAAAAUGUUGUACCUUGGUCUGUCUGCCUUCACCGCUAACUCUGGCGCUUUUGUUUACAACGCUGCCGGAGCCCUGAGCUUGUACAUUACUGAUGAUAUGAUCCCUCAAAUCUCUCCAAUCAGGCUCAACACCAGAACAUUUGGACUUUUCAUCCCCCAGAUUGCCAAAUCUUUCCCCGGUUUAUUGAUGAAACUCCUGGUAAAGACGGUGAAAAAUCCCAUCAUCACUUUGGAGCCCGACACCGCAACUAUUCAAGCCACCAGCACAGUGACAGGCUACGCAAUCCAGCCCAACGGCACACUAUCUCCACUAUUCAUACUUAACUCGACGACCAGUGUUAGUGCCCGAUUGUUCGUCAAUGGCAUGAGGCUAGCUGGAAGUGUGACUCUUAACAAAAUGGAUCUGACCCUGGAGACAAGUUAUGUGGGAGACUUUCGGGUCAGAUCUCUUGACAACAUCAUGAACAUGGUCCUGAAAGUGGUUGUUAUACCCAUACUGAAUGUUCAACUUGGGAAAGGCUAUCCUCUCCCCUCCCUUGGAAAGAUGAACCUCGUCAACACUGACCUUCAGAUCCUUAAGGACUACGUGCUGAUUGGGACAAAUGUUGAGUUUACAGCGUGAUGGAAGUAAAACCCAAACGAAGAAAUAACUGAGGGUCCUUCCACAGAGUUUUCUAUCUAAACUGUGCAGGAUAAUAUUUGCUUCUGACGUCUUAAUUGUCUUUACUGUAUUGCAUUUCAAUAGCAUGCUAAAUAAAUCAUAUAAAAAGUAACAAGA